AAAAAAAAUUUAAAUAGCGUCUCGUUUUCCAAGGAAAUCUAGAAAAUCAGCUGACCUAUUUUUCACUGGCAGUUGAGAGUAAGGAAAAUAAUCACCGUGUGGAUUUGGAUACAGUUUGACAAGGUCCAGUGAUGUUGUACGCGUGUGCAAGGUUUCGUCAUCUGGAUAAAAACAUCAGUUUCAAGCUGCACAAACAAUGCCUGGAAGUCCAAAAUUACUCAGCUCAGCACCGCUGAAACUAAUAGAUAAAGAAUCAAUGAUGUCAAACAGCUCUGAUUCUAGUGAAGAUGAAAAUCCUGAGCGUGGAAAUUGGGGAAAUAAAAUGGAAUUUGUUUUGUCAUGCCUUAGUUAUGCUGUAGGUCUUGGUAAUGUUUGGAGGUUUCCCUAUGUUUGCUACAGAAAUGGUGCAGGAGCUUUCUUAAUACCUUUUAUUCUGAUGUUAUUUAUCACUGGUAUACCACUGGUCUUUAUGGAGCUGUCUUUAGGCCAGUACUGCAGUUCAGGAAUUGUAACCUUAUGGAAAGCAUCACCAAUAUUUCAAGGAGUUGGCUGGGCCAUGUUCGUUGUGUCAGUUCUGAUAUCAGUAUAUUACAACAUGAUUAUAGCCUACACAUUGUAUUUUUUGUUUGCUUCGUUUGCCAAAAUUCUACCAUGGAGUGCUUGUGGAGAUUGGAGUACUGAAGUUUGUAAUGAUGGAGAACUACACGAAAUAAAAGCGUGUACCAAGGUCGGAGGUGAAUGGUGUAAUGGAGGAUGUAUAGCCAACAUGUCAGCACUGAACGAGACAUACAGACUAGCUAUAUCACCAAACUGUUCUAACUUUACAUCAAAUAUUAAAUCACCUAGUGACGAAUUCUUCCAUGAACAUGUAUUAGGAAUAACUGAUGGAGUUCAUGAAAUGGGAACGAUACGAUGGGAGCUUGUUGGAUGUCUAGCUUUAGCCUGGGUACUAGUUGGAUUAUGUCUAGCAAAGGGCAUAAAAAGCUCUGGGAAAGCAGUAUAUUUCACAGCAUUUUUCCCAUAUGUUGUACUGAUGAUUUUAUUGGUUCGUGGAUUAACAUUAGAAGGAUCUGUGGAUGGUAUUGUAUAUUUCUUAACUCCACAGUGGAGUCAGCUAAGUAAAGCUCAGGUAUGGGCUGAUGCAGCUGUACAGAUAUUUUUCUCUCUGUCACCUUGCUGGGGAGGUUUGAUUACUUUAGCCAGUUAUAACAAGUUCCGUAAUAACUGCUUCCUUGAUGCCAUUAUUGUAUCUGUGAUGGAUUGUGUGACAAGUGUAUUUGCCGGACUAGUCAUUUUUGCUAUCAUCGGAUAUAUGGCACAUGAACUGAAUGUAGAACUGGACCAAGUAGCAAGUGAAGGUGCUGGUUUAGCUUUUGUUGUUUAUCCAGAGGUUGUGACAAAGUUACCAAUAUCACAGUUGUGGUCUGUUCUCUUCUUUGCUAUGUUAAUCACAUUAGGUUUAGGUACACAGAUUGCUACCGUGACAACAGUACACACCACAUUGAUGGAUUACUGGCCACACGUGUUCCGUGUUAAUCAGAAACGCAGAAUAUUAUUAUUGGUCAUGAUUGCUGUUACUUGCUUCUUAUUAGGUCUUGCAUUUUGUACACAGGGAGGAAUGUUUAUUCUACAGCUGUUUGACAACUAUGCUGCAACAUAUUCAUUACUAUUGAUUGGUUUAGUUGAAUGUAUUGGUAUCGGUUGGGUAUAUGGUGCUGAUAGGUUUUUGGGAGAUAUAGAACUAAUGUUGGGAAAACGUCCUUCCAAUAUAUGGAAAUACAGUUGGAAAUUUGUUGCUCCUACAGCUUUAUUGGCUAUAUUGAUAUUUUCCUGGGCUGAUUUCAAGUCCUCCAAAUAUGACAAAUAUGUCUUCCCAUUGUGGGCUGAUGGUUUGGGAUUCAUUAUCACCCUAUCUUCUAUAAUGCUGAUACCAGCUAUAGCCAUCUAUAAAGUGGUUUGUGCAAAGUGUAAAUCAGAAUUAGGAUUAAUGGAGGUGAUAAAAAACUUGUCAAAACCAACAGAUGAUUGGGGUCCAGUGUCGAAAGAACACAGAACAGAAAGAAAAAUGAUUGAUGGAACUCCGACUGAACAGUUUGAAUCUCAGAUACCAUUUGUAGGGUCACAGUUCUCCACGGAACAAGACACUAAAUUAUAAAGAAUUGUCUGGAAGUCUGAAGUUUUUUCCUGUUUCAAUGUACUAUUUAAAAAAAAAAAUCUGAAAAGUUAUGAUUAAUGCAUAUAUUGGUAAAGAUAUGAAGGUUCCAUAAGUAGUCACUUAAAAAGUAAACAAAAAUUUGAAAGUUGUUAAACCUAAAUCUAUCUGUUUGUUCAAAAUUAACCUGAUUUUAAAGAAUGCCCACAAUAUUUUGCAAGCUUUUCAAGAAACAAUUUUUGUAGUUUCUGAUUCAUUGGCAUACAUUCAGGGUAACGAAAAGAGUGAAUUUUUGGAACUUUAUGUGACAAAGUUUGUCUAGAUAUCAAAUUGAAUAGGAGAGUUGCUUGAAAAAAAAAAAUUUAAUUUGUUGAUUUUUUAGGGAAAGUCUAUAUCAGACGGUCCUAUGUAUAUAUAGCCUUCUGGUGUAAGUUUAAGACUUACUAUAUUAAUGGGUACUUCUUCAAAUAUUGGCUAUAAGAUAAGAAGACUUACAAUGCUCAAUAAAUAAGAUUACCUCAUGUUCAAAGUGCACUCCUGAUUACAAAGAUAGGUACGAGGGCUAGCCUGAUUAACAACAUAUAUUUUUUGGUAGAAAUAUCUUCUCACAGUAUAUGUAAAGAGGUUAAAUAAGUUCAACAGACGUUUUGAUAGUUUGUCUGCAGGUUUGCUCUAGCAUUACACCUGUAGACAAUGACAAGGGAACAUUUCAAUCUGUUAAUAGAGAAUCCUGAGAAUUGAUUUGACAAAUGAAAUAAAUGUGUCAAUUGAAAAUGCAAUGAAACAAUGUUUUUUUGAAGAAGAUGCUAUUAUAGAACAGCUUUAAAAAAAUAGAUAUUGUUUUACAUUUUACAUGCCAUUUCAAAUAAGAAAAUAAAAAGGAAGAUGUACACAAGACGAUAAUAUAACAGGAAGUAAACAAUAUUUUUAUUUUUUCUCUGAAGAAGUGCCAUUAAUUUAUGUUAUGAUAUAACGGGUUGUAAUUCAAUGAUAUUAUCUGGAUAAUACAUUAGAGGUUGUUUGUUAAAUAAUGCUCAUUUAUUUGCAUAUUUUUAUUGAGAUUGUGCCAAACUUAUAUAACAAAUAAUUCAGUGACAUUUGAAUGAACUCUUUAGGGUAAAUUUAUAUAUAUUAUAAAGAUGAAAUGUUUGUGAUGCUAACCAUAUAAAUGUUAAGAAUUUGUCUCUGAAUGUAGAUAAAUUGGGUUUUGAUUUAAAUAUGAUGCAAAAAUGAAGAAAAGAAAAGAAAAUUUCAGAAAAAAGAGUUUAAAUAAUGCAAUUUUAUACAGCUUGCUGAUGCCAAAUUAUAGAUAGAAACAAUAAUACAAGUUUAUACGGCUUGCUGAUGCCAAAUUAUAGAUAGAAACUUUAAAAAUUUCCAGCAGGACCAGAUGUACAAAUAAGCCAACAUGUCCAAAAUUGUUAUAGGAGUUAUUGCCUUUGAUAGUUAUAAAUAUGAAAACCCUUUUUGUCUUGCCUCAACAAAGCCAAGACUUUGGCAUGCUGCUUCUGGCGGCAGCAUCAACAACUUGUCAAAGUUUGUGAUUAGGUCAGUUCAAGUAUGGUAUGCAGUUGUAUAAAGGUUGACACAUCUCAUUUCCAUGGAGAUUAUUUUGCCCUACCCCCCUCAGUAAUGGUGUAUUGCUCUGAAAACAUUUGCAAAGUUCACAUGUUAUAGUUUGUGACUUUGUCAAUUGAAGAUGAACCACUAAUGGUUAGUCAGUGAUAUUUGGUAUGUAGUUUUACUAGCAGUUGCACAUUUUAUUUCCAUGGAGAAUAUUUUGCCCUUUUCCCUCAGUCAUGGUCUAUUAACUUUGAAAACUUUUGCAUAGUUUACAUGUUAAAGUUUGUCAAUUUAAGAUGAACCACUAAUGGUUAAACAAUGAUAUUUGGUAUGCAGUUGUAUUAAAAUGGCACAAAUUUUUUCGAUGAAGAUUUUGUGGUCAGAUCCCCUCAAUCAUGAUCUUAUGACUUUGAAACUUAUGCAUAGUUUACAUGUUAAAGUUUGUAAAUAAAUUAGUUAAAGGAGAACCAUGUAUGAUAAGUCUAUGAUAUUUUGUAAGCUGUGGUGUAAUGAUUAGCAUAUUUCAUUUUGCAGAGGUCAUUUGGCCCUGCACUUUCAGUCAUGUUUUAUGACUUCGAAUGAUUUGAAAGGUGUAAAUGUUAAAGUAUUACAAUCUCAAUUAUAACAAUUGCAUUGUACUGUCAAAAUUACAUACAGGUGAGACAUAUCUCUGUGUCAACAGAUUAUUUCAUUUUUGGCUUAAAGUGUAGUAGAUAAAGAAAAAUAUACCACAAAAAUUAUCAGCAAGAACAGGCUAUAAAUAGAUCAUGUAGCAAAAAUUGUCAGUCAACUCCUUAACUGUAGGUGUUAUUGCCCAAAAAUGACAAGAUAGAGAGAAUCUUUGAAAACCAAAAAUGAUCAUCAAGACGAGACUUAGAAAUAGGUCAACUUAGUCUAAAUUGUCCGUCCAUUUCUCUUAAGAGUCAUUGCCUUUAAAUAGUGAUUUUUUUUUACCAGGAAAUUUUUUUUUUUUUAUAUUAAGAUCAACAAACAAUUGAUUUAAGUUAUGAACAUUAAUCUAGUCUCUAAUAUUGAAAAGUGGCCAUUCUUGUACAUUUAUUCAGGUGAGCGACACAGGCUCUUUAUAGCCUCUAAUUUUAUUUAUCCUCAGAUUUAUAAUUGAAUACUUUUAAGAUGAAUCUCUAAAUAUAAAGAUGUUUAGUUCAGAAUCUCAAUAGUUGUUUCUAUGACUUCAAUGAAUAAUAUUAUUUUGUUUCUCUGAAAUUAAUGAAUAAAAAUUUUUUAUUUUACAAUUUAAAACAUGAUUGAAUUAUGUUAUAUUAUUUGAUAUACUCUUUCUGUAAAAUGUUGUUUUUUGAAAUCUCAUAAUUGAUCUUUUUUAUGCGUCCCCCCUAGCGGAGGGGCAUUAAGUUUUACCCUUGUCCGUCUUUACGUCCGUCCAAUCCAUCCGUACGCCCCAAAGUUGGUUUCCGUUCUCUAACUUUUGUUUGCCUCAACCAAAUGUUAUGAAACUUAUAUACAAUGCUUAUUACCACAAAACACAGAUCGAGUUUGAAUUUUGGUGGCGUCACUAUAACCGUUCUAGAGUUAUGCCCCUUUACAAAUGGAAAAAUUGCUGAAUUUUUCCUUUCUGUUUUCUAACUUUAGUUUGCUUCAAACAAAUGUUAUGUAACGUAUACACAAUGCUUAUUGCCUCAUAAUACAGAGCAAGUUCGAAAUUGGCGUCACUUUUACAGUUCUUGAGUUAUGCCCCUUUAUAAACAAAAACUGCUGAAUUUUUCGUUUCCGUUCUCUAACUUUAGUUUGCCUCAACCAAAUGUUAUGAAACUUAUACACAAUGCUUAUAACCACAUAAUACAGGUCAAGUAUGAAAUUGGGUGGCAUCACUUGUACCUUUCUUGAGUUAUGCCCCUUUAUAAACAUAAAAAUUGCUGAAUUUUUCGUUUCUGUUCUCUUACUUAAGUUAGCCUCAACCAAAUGUUAUGAGACUUAUACACUAUACUUAUUACCACAAAACUCAGAUCAAGUACAAAUUUGGGUAGCGUCACUUUUACUGUUCUUCAGUUGUGUCCCUUUAUAACUUCAUAUGAUAUGCAAGCGGGGGCAUCAUCGGUGUCCCAUGGACACAUUUCCCAUUUAUUUUAUUUAUAUGUUUAUGUUAUUGUUUAUUAUUUUAUAACACACUGUAUUUUGUUUUGUUUGGUGAAGUCGUUUAUGUUUUGAAUUUACAAACUCUGAGUACAAUUGCAUAAAAGAUAGUAAAAUUAGUCAGUAAAAAUUAUCUUGAAUUAGUUGAAGUUUCUCAAGUGCUUUGUGCUUUUUUUUGUCAUUUUGUAAUUGACAAGAUUGCUAUCGUAAAUAAAAUUUAAAAAACUUAA